AUGAGCGCUUUCCGAGAUAUCAUGUCCAUAGUCGGACCUGGGACGGGGAAGACAACAGCCGCACCCAAACAAGGGCAACCGCAGCCUGCCGGAGCCUCAAAAUCUACCCCGCGACCUGCUGCUGCUGGGACGAACGGGACGACACCAGCACCGCAGCUCAAGCGCAAAGCAUCAGGUCCGGCAGACAACAGCCAAGUCAAGGUUCCGCGCAAGGAUAGUCCAGCCCAGUCUGUGCAGUACAACGGUACUGCUCGUCCAACAGCAACCGCUGGCGCGGUGAGGCCAAACCCACCUACUACAACAACCGUACCAUACCGUGGCACAGCAGCACCAUCAUCGACGAAGGCCGUAAACCCUGCAGCAAAGAAGCCUGUCGCACCCACAGUUGCUCCCCGAAAGGCAACCCCGCCUGCACCGAGACCUGCUUCCGUAAGCACUUCGUCGACUAGUGCAGCUCCUGCGUCAAAGCCUAAGGGAUAUCUGGCACUACUUCAGAAAGCCAAAGAGAAGGAUCUCACCAAGCCUGCUACGCCUCCGGUUACCGUUGCGCCCAAAAUCUUAACAAAGAAAGAACGCUUGGCACUCAAGGCAGAGGCAAGUGCAGUUGCCAAGGGGAAGAAGCCAGGUACAGCACCCGCAGCAAAAGCCACAGAAGUCAAGGGUGAUGCUUCCAAGGUCCAGCGCAAGCCCACAGAAGUAGGUUACCAAGGAACUGCACGACCAGCCAAGACUGCUGCGCCGAUUGGGUACAAAGGGACGGCGCGUCCCCAGAGUGCCACUGCACCUUCUAGCAGGGGUGGAACGCCUGCAGCUAAGUCAAAGUCGAAACCAGAAAAGGGUCGUUACGAUGGCUACGCUGACUGGUCUGACCUGGAUGACAUGGACGAUGACGAAGAAGACUAUGCUUCUGAUGCUUCUUCUGACAUGGAAGGUGGCAUGUGGGACGUCGAGCAAGAAGAACAGCUAGCGCUCAAGGCGGCAAAGAAGGAGGAUGCAGAAGCACUGGCCGAGGAGAUGAGGCUCAAGCGCGAGAAAGAAGAGAAGAAGCGGAAGCUGUUGGCACUGUCCAAGGCAGCAGCAGCCAAGAAGAAGUACUGA